AAGAAAGGACCGAAGUGAAAGAGCGGAAGCGUUUUUGUGAUUGGAAUCGAAGACGAAGAUGAUGGAAGCGGAAGCAAGUGAAGAACGACGAAGGUCGAUAGCAGCACCUUUCAUAUUCUUCAUCAUUUUCGCUUUUCAUUUCGGAUCAAAUUGGAUCGAACGCCACAAAAAGAGUCGAUCCGAGCAAGAAAAAGAGAACCAGAUGCGAGCACAAAUAAAACAACUUCUGAGGGAAGCAAGUACACUGUCACAGCCAGCCACCUUUGCACAGGCAGCAAAACUCAGAAGACAAGCAGCUGCUAAAGAGAGAGAACUUGCAAAGUGUCAAAAUGUACAGAACAAGGAUAAUGCAUUGUACUCAAAAGUUCUGCUCAUCGCCCGGGUUUUAACAUAUUUCGUUUUGCUUAUCUGGUUUUGGAGUGUUCCUGUGGCUACCAUAUCUCAACAACUUGUGCAACCAUUUGGAAGAUUAUUAUCUUGGAGGACUGGUGGGUUUCAAAAUGGCAAUGUUAUUAUUGGGAUUAUACCUUGGCUAAUAGUAUCUACCAGGGUUAGCAAAGUUAUUUGUAGACUCGUCUAUUUUAAAUAGAUUUUUGCGAUCUUCAACUACAAUGCUGGAAAAUCACAAGCUCCCUUGACUAGUAUCAUGGAUCUGAAAAUGAAAAGAAUGAAAAGUUAAUAGAUUUGUACACCAUGACUGGGCUCCCUUUUUCUUUUCUUUUUUUCCAACAUUGGAUGGUCAGUUGUAAGCAAAGUUAUCAAACUCUAAGACUAGACUUGUAAAUUCUUUAGUUUCCAAAUUCGGUUUAUGAGUUUAUAGGUUGAUUUUUAUGAUUUCCACUAGUUUAGAAACUUUAUUUUGAUAACCUUGGCUGUAAGUAUUCCAUUACUUUUGCUUUUGAGCAGAGGCCACUGAGUAAGAUCCAUUCUGCAUUUGCUUGUUAUAUGAUAGCCAUUACCUUGCUGGGUUCUUUUUGUUUCUUGUUGUAUCUUAGACCUUAUCAAGGAAUUUUAUCAUUUGAUUCAUCUUGAAUUGCAAAAGCUUCAGUGGCAUUCUGUUCUGUUCACUCCAGCCGGGUUAGCAAUCAUUUUACGCAGUUACAAGAUGUGUUAAGAUGCUGUUAUCAUAUAGAACAGUUUAAAUAUACUUUUUCACCAACAGGUUCAGCAAUGUCCUUUUGAUGCUUAGAGUUUCUUAGAAUUUAGCUAAUAUCUUCAGUGCAGUGUUUGGCUCAUAUCCCUAUGAUAAAGUGUUCUUUUGAAGGACUGACUAGUAGAUACUUGACAAGGUGAUUGCUAUGAUCUUUAAAAGUGUUUGCCUAACUUAUUAAAAUGGGUUAAAAAUUAAUAUUUAAUUUACCACUUGACAAUU